UGUCGGAGCUCGCCGUCCACCGUGAGCGGGCGGGAUUUCCGCGACUGGGGGGGAACAUGGCGAAGACUUACGAUUACUUGUUUAAACUCUUGUUAAUCGGAGAUUCCGGAGUUGGCAAGACCUGUGUGUUAUUCAGGUUCUCGGAAGAUGCCUUCAAUUCCACGUUCAUCUCCACUAUAGGUAUUGAUUUUAAAAUUAGAACUAUAGAGCUAGAAGGAAAGAAGAUCAAACUCCAGAUAUGGGAUACAGCUGGGCAAGAGCGUUUUCGAACGAUUACAACGGCAUACUACAGAGGCGCCAUGGGAAUCAUGUUAGUAUAUGACAUUACCAACGAAAAGUCUUUUGAUAAUAUCAAGAACUGGAUACGAAACAUAGAAGAGCAUGCCUCAGCAGAUGUAGAGAAGAUGAUCCUCGGUAAUAAGUGCGAUAUAAAUGAAAAACGGCAAGUGACCAAGGAACGAGGAGAAAAGCUUGCACUGGAAUACGGCAUCAAGUUCAUGGAGACCAGUGCUAAGUCCAAUAUAAAUGUUGAGACAGCAUUUUUGUCUCUAGCUAAAGAUAUCAAAGCAAAAAUGGACAAGAAAAUGGAAGGAAACAGCCCGCUGGGAAGCAACCAGGAAGUGAAGAUCACCGAGCACCAGAAGAAAAGCAGCAUUUUCCGAUGCUCCUUACUGUGAGGGACACGGCCUUUACACUGAGCCCCCCUUUGGGGGUCCUCCCAACUGGAUCUGCACUUUCCCACAAGUGCGCACUCUGCCUCUCACCAGUCUGAAACCAACCACACCCAAACUCUCGUCCUUCCCUCACUCACUCCCCACCACCUCCCACCCCCCGCCAAGAGGACAGCCACAACAUUCCUGCGCACCGACUGAGGGCUCUGCCGGAGAAGCUGCCAUUUCUUUUGUUACUUGUACUGUAGGCCGUAGUCAUUUUUGUGUUUUUUUGUUUUUUUUUAUCCCAAAUUUGGAUGGCUAGUCUUGACAAUCAUGACCAGGUUAUCAAGUGUAUUUCUAUUUUUUACAUCACAUUCACCCAGGUAUCACCCGGCUGGCUUACUUUUCUUGUCUAUGCUGUGAUCAAGAGUCUUCUAUUUUUGUAGUCUGAUGUAACUAAUGAACACAAACGGCACAUUCCUCCAUGUUGGUGUUGGUGUAGAACCUUUUCCAGUCUGCUGAGCCAUAGCUAAGAUCAUCCUUUUAGAGCACUGAACCCAAAUUAAGAUUGUGCUCAGAUGUCUUUGGUUUUAUUCCACACUUGGGGGUUCUCUCUGUUGGUCAGGGUUGACAGCUUCUGGACCACAUUGUCGCAAUAUGCAAACCACCAUUAAACAAUUUUUGAACACCAGAAGUCACAACCCAAUACAGGUGCCCUCAUGUAGACUGUUGAAGAAUGAGUGGCAGGUUCCUAGUUGGGGGGUGCGAGUGGCUGUAAUGUUAAAUAUCCAAAUUCCCCUCUCCAUUUAAUUUGUCUUCCUCUGCUGCUGGUUACCUGUUCCCAGGGCGCUAUACUGUCCGUCAUAAUUCAGGGUGCUGUGAAGCACUUUAGGAUCUUGAUGGCAUUUUUGUAUUUAUUUUUUCUAAAUGUCUCAGCCAAUUCAUCUAAAACAUCAUGUUAUGCUUGACAAGUGGAACGUGGACAAGCAGCUACCAGCCACUGCUCAUCUUAGCUCGUGGUUCUGAGUUUAAGUUGUGUGACCUGAUGAGGAAACCAUUCAGUCCUCCAUCACAGCCAGAAGGGCAGACUUUCCUUAAAAACCUCAGAGGAGGACAACAGCCCCAUUUUAGUCAUCUUGCCCAAUUUUACAGCCAGUGGCAUAGGACUUCUUAUCAUUUUGGGUAAAGAUCAGUGACGGGCACAUCAUCAGCACAUGGUACCUGGAGAAAAACACUUUUUUUUUUUUGCCAUAUCGAUGGGGAUUGAAUCGUUUGAAAAUAAAGCA